UUGUCUUCCUGCAUUUCCACCGUGACCUGCUCGGUCGUUUCGACGCCACAAAUGAUGAUCACGGACAACAUCAUGGCUGGCAACUACCCGAAUCUCGGGGCUGCCAUUCGUGGGCUCUACCGGGAACGAGGUGUACUGGCGUUCUACCGGGGGUGGUGGCCCGGUUUGGUGGGCAAGAUUCCCUCCUACGCUCUCACCUGGACCUUUUUCCAACAGCUCAAGACGGCACGAGAUCGACUUUCGGAUCGACCCGCCUCGGAUAUCGAAAACUCCGCCAUGGGAUGCUUGGCCAGUGCCACCACGGUUUGCAUUAUGAUUCCCAUGGACACCAUCAAAACUCGAUUAGUAACGCAAACGACCGGGGUCGGCGCGGAACUGGCCUAUAAGGGUAUUGUAGACUGCGCGAUUCGAGUCUUUCGGGAAGAAGGCAUCGGUACCUUUUACCGAGGAUUGCCACCCCGGCUAGUCAGUGUAGUACCGAUGAUUGGGAUUCAGUUUGGUGUGUACGAGGCCAUG